CUUCGCAGCUUGCUGGAGGUCUCCCUGAGCUCGGACCUGCACACGCUCAACAUGCACUGUAACCGCAUCGCCAGAAUCGAAGGGCUCAGCCACCUCCGGAAUCUGCAGCAUUUAGAUCUGUCAUCAAACCAAAUCCGCCGGAUCGAGGGGCUAAGUUCCCUGGCUAACCUGUGCACCCUAAGCUUAUCCUGUAACCUGAUAACGAAAGUGGAGGGACUGGAAAAACUCUUUAAUUUAACUAUAUUGAAUUUGUCAUAUAAUCACAUACAUGAUCUCUCUGGAUUUAAGUGCCUUCAUGGAACCAGUCAUAAGAUUAGUCAUAUUGACCUUCACAGCAACUGUGUAAACAAUAUUGAUCACUUACUCCAGUGCACAAAGGGGCUGCGUUGUUUGACAAAUCUGACACUGGAAAAAAAGGGAAAAGCCAAUCCAGUUUGUCACACAGCAGGUUAUAGAGAAACUGUUCUUCAGACGUUGCCCCAGCUAACAACUCUAGAUGGAAGAAAUAUUUCUGGUGAACCAGUGGACCCAGCAGAAGAAAACUGUUCAGAUGUGCAGUGUUUAGAAGACGUUUGGGGCUGUUUGGUUUCAUCUGGGUGCCCCUCAUCCAGAGAUCAGAACUGUGUUACCUUACCAGUGGUAACACCACAUAUCGACCAGGCAUUAGCUCAUUUUCGUCAACGUACAAGAAUACAAAGCGCCGUCAGCUCCUCUACAGAGCUUGUCUCAUCUUCAGAACCAGAGAAGGCCGAACUUGAUAAAAUAUACAGUGAGAUAAGAAUUAAAAAAAUAGAAGAUCAAAUUUCACAGAUACUUCAAAAGGUAUCUGAUACCUCAAGAAGGGAAGCUCCUCCAAAUGUUCUCAAAGCUAAGAGAGACACAGAUCCAACUUCUGAGAGCGAAAAUGAGAGUGGGAAGGAGAACAACAGAAAGGUUGUGAAAAGAAGCAAGAUCCCUACUUACCGUAGAACUACCUUAUCUGCUAGGUGUCAUGUGAAUCAUCUUAAGAACAAAAUAACUGACAGGGAAGAGAAGAGUUCUUCAAAGUGUCCACGCUCCAAUCAGAGAGACUCUCAUAUCAAUUCAUCGUCGGAUACUCGAGACUUGGAAGUAGUGGGAAGAAAAGCUGAAAUAUUAACUGGAAGACAGAGCAAUAUAGAAAAAGUGGAAGAAAUUAAUUCAAAUGCCACAGAAGAGUCAACAUACCGAGCGCUGAUUCAAGAACUGGAUCAGGAGAAAGAAAGGAGGUGGAAAGCAGAGCAAGCAGAGAAGAAAUUAAUAGAGCAUGUCAGAGAGCUACAGAAGCAUGCAAAAGAAGAAAAGAAUAUUCAGAGUAUGGCUGUAUACACUACAGACAGGUUAAAGGAAUUGAUAUUCAAAGAGAGAGAUGUUAAAGCAAGACUGCAAGCAGAUGUCGAACAGUUGAAAGGUGAAACUGAAAGACUUACUAAUGAGUUAAAUCAGGCAAGAAAUAAAGAAGUAGAACGUCAGAAGGCUAUGGAAGCUUUAGAAGAAACACUGUCCAAGAUGGAGACACAGAGAUUGCAGCAACGAACAAUAGAG